AUGCCCUUGCCGAGGCGACGGUCGUCCUUCUUGGGGCAGCAGCCCUCCUCCUCGGCGGCCGAGGGCUCGGGACCGCCCGGCCGCCGGGUGAGCACUGGGGGCGGAGGGAGCCUCUCGAGACCCCCCGGCGUCUACGUGGGCACCGUCCCCACCGGCGGCUUGAGCAGCUUGGGCACCCGAGUGUCCCGCAGAGCCCUGGGCAUCAGCAGCGUCUUCCUCCAGGGUCUGCGCAGCUCCUCCGCCGCCGUGCCCUUGGCCCCGGGGCUGGAGAAGGCCAGGGGUCUCUCCUACGAGAGCCUGAACAGCUGCUUGGUGGAGUACAUCGAGAAGGUGCGAGCUCUCGAGCAGGUCAACCAGGAGCUGGAAGAGCACAUCAGAGUCUACCUGGACAAGAAAGCGGCCAGCGUGGGCAGCUGGGGAGCGCUGCGGGAGAGCUGGGAGGCCAUUUACCAUCAGGUGGGCGAAGCAGUCCUUGAAAAUGCUCGUCUUAUGCUGCACACCGAGAACAUUCAAGCCUGUGCUGAAGAUUUUAAAGACAGGUAUGAAAAUGAGCAGCCAUUCAGAAAGGCAGUGGAAGAUGAAAUUAAUUCCCUAUAUAAAGUGAUUGAUGAUGCUAAUUUAACUAAAAUGGAUCUGGAGAGUCAGAUAGAGAGCAUGAAAGAAGAACUAACUUUGCUGUCAAAGAAUCACGAAGAAGAUGUGAAGGUGUUAUACAAGCAACUUGCUGGAUCUCAGCUGGAAGAACUUGAUGUUCCCCUGGGAAGUGGCCUGGAUGACAUACUGGAAAAAAUCAGAAUCCACUGGGAGAGAGACAUUGAAAAGAAUCGUGCCGAGACAGGUACCCUGCUCCGUACCAAGCAACAGGCUGAAACGAUUGCUGCCAUGCGGACCCAGGAGGAAGAGCUGGUGGAGGGCCUCAGAACAGAGUUCCAUGAAACUGCCUGCAAAAUACAGAGCUUGCAAGCAGAAACCGAAUCCUUGAGAACCUUGAAGAGGGGUCUGGAGAACUCUUUAUAUGAUGCCAAGCACUGGCAUGACAUCGAACUGCAGAACCUAGGCUCUGUCAUUUCCAAGCUGGAGGCAGAAAUGGGAGAAAUCAAAGUAGAAACCGAGCAGCAGCAGCGGGAUCGUGAAAACCUGCUGACCAGCAAACAACAGCUGGAGAAAGACAUUGCUGCAUAUCACUGCCUUCUGGAUGGAGAACAAAGCAGGUACUCCUCAUUAAAAGCAAGCGUGCCACGAGGAUGGAGAACACACGCUCCCUGGGAAGGGGUUGUGAGGCUGGAGGAAGCAGGAGGACUAGGGUGGUUCUUGUGUUUCAUAAGGUCGGGUGGUAGGUGGUGAGGUUUGGAGAAGCUGCCAAGGGGAAGAACAUCCCAAAUGCAGUCACGCAGAGACUCCUAAUGUAUUGGAGACAGGUGGUUUCCAGCACUACUGUGGUAGGACAGGGUUUAGGAAUACACUAGUAAAUCUAUCAGCCUCACUUCCCUGAAGACUUGACAUGUGAGAUUAGAAAGCUACUACAGCAUCUGGGGGCUACAUCAGCAGCUGCAAAGCUGUUGUUGUUUCUUGGGUACGUUAUGCCUUCCUUCCUCCUCCCACUAUACAGUCCAAAUAUUAAAGCUGUGAUCCUGGGGAAGCUCCCUUCCUAAGCACACAAGUUCCCCUGAAGCCCAAGGACAGAAUCUGGCACUGACUGUGCCUUUUGUAAAGAAAUAUAAUUCAGACUCUUAAUAUUCAUCCUCUGGGAAUAACCUGUAAACUCCUUUACAGUGGUUGGGCUCCUUGGUUGGGCUUUUUUAAGAUCACCAUUAGCUGUGAGACUUCUGAGAAUCUGAUCCACAGAUUUUUAUUUGCUCUUCUGCUCAGGUCAGAGUGAAAUUUCUUUACUCAUUUUGAAAUUAGAAAAACGCACGGUAUAUCAAAUUUUUUUCCUGCUGCACAAUCAGAUCCUGCUGAAGCUGAUGAGAGAUCACCAGCUGAACUAAAAACAGUACUCGGUUUAGGAAUUUUCCCAUUUGUAGUAGUGACCAAUUUAAUUUAUUUUUUUUUUUACUUUCAGCUGAUUAUGAAAUUCCCAGCCUACAGAAGACCGUUGCCAUUAAAGCAAAAGAUGUCACUGCCAAUUAUGUUCAUGGAAGCUAAAAACCCAUCAAAGCAGCCUGCUUUAUUCAGUUUGAUUCAACAACCGAAGUAGGUUGUAGCUUGAACAACUUUAUUAGACCCUCCUCAUGUAAUUGCUUUGCUUAUCGAUUUCAAUUUACUCAUGUUGUUAAAAUUAUAAUAAAGAAUAUCAGGUUUUUCGUUUGACUUUUUUUUCCUUCCAGUAUUUUUCAUGAUAGCUGAAGGGGGUUGAAUUAAGAACACAGGCCCCUUGCUUUCCAGCAAGUAAACUCUUUUUCUUACAGUACAAAUAUAUCAAGACUGAACUUACCCCUUCACUGUCCACACAGCAUCCAUGUGGAAAUGGCAAGUGCUCUGUUGUGUCACAAGACCAUCAGCUCACUAGUGUGAAAUCUAAUUCAAAUAAUGCUGAAGCAGUUAAAGUGUGCCAUUAACUCAAUGUGAUUAAUUUUUGCAAUAUCUAAACCAGCAUAAGCACUAAUGCAAGCAUCCCACCAGUACUUAAUAAACAUAUUUUAACUUAGAGUAAACUUCCAGAAAAGUUGAAUGUGCAGGAGGAACAGGAGUUCUGUCUGCAGUACAGGUCACGUCCUUUUACUGUAUAACCAGGGUGACAGUUUGUGCAAAUGUGAUACUUUUUGAUAUAUUGAUAUAUUUUGAUGUUUGGUUUUUAUAUGCUUGGCUCUUUCUUUAUAUCAACAUCCUUUAAGGCAGGAUGGCCAAUCUUCUUUUGAACAGGCACCCACACAGCCUCAAUGUGUGGGUGACCCUAGGUAGUUUCUCUUAUUUGGAUGGUAUCCUGAUGAAAAGGAUUUGCCAUCUUUCACUUCUGAUUUUCUUUUAUACUUUAAAUAUUGAUAUCCUCAUUGUAUUGCAUUUGCAGUAUGGUCAUAUAAAGUGCCACGAUGGAUCCUGCAUUGUCAGAGAAACAUAAUGAACCUUGGCCCCUAACACACAAGAUCUUCGGUAUAUGGCUGGCUUUCUUUCACAUGUCCCUGCACAGGAAUGAAGCUAACCAUACAUGUGUUUCUUGGAUCAGGACUUUACAAUAUAGACAGUUACACAGGGUGACAAUAUAGUUCAUUAAGUAGACUCAAGGACUACUGAGAAAUAGCAUAUAUUGGAGAACAUAACGGCGUGCAGCAUACACGAGACGCAGUCUGAACACCUUCUGAUCUUUAGUUCAAACAUUAGCUAACAAAGCUACUUAGUU